UCCCGCGUCUACCAAGUGUAAAUAUAGAAAUCCAUAUAUAAAUAUAUAUAUAAUAAGAAUAUUAUUGUUGCUGGUGUUGAUUUUAGUAUGGGCUGUUCUAGUGGGAAUUCUUCAGGUUCAGGUUCAGGUUCAGGUUCAUUAUCUCAGAUCGUGCUUCAGAACCAGAGCUCUGGUUCUGAAGAGGAGCUGAGGCAAUUGAUGGACCAAAGAAAACGAAAGAGAAUGCAAUCGAAUCGGGAAUCCGCGAGGCGAUCACGGAUGAGAAAACAGCAGCACUUGGAUGGGCUGAUGGGGCAAGUGGCGAACCUCAGGGAAAACAAAAACCAAAUCGUCUCGCGAAUUAAUCUCACCACGCACCUCUUCCUCAACGUCGAAGCAGAGAACUCUGUUUUGAGAGCUCAGAUUAUGGAGCUCAGCCAUAGAUUAGAGUCUUUAAACCAGAUCCUCUUUCACAUCAACAACACCGCCGCCGAAGAACAAGAAGACGACGAUUUUCUUCCGAGUUUCGACGACGAUUCUUAUUUUGAUAUUCAUAACCCAUUCGCCAAUUCCUUCUUCCUCGCCCAACACCAACCAAUUAUGGCUUCUGCUGAUCAUCAUCACGUGCUUCACUACUGAUCAUCCACCACUGAUUUAGGGGAGACCUUAAUUUUAAUCUUAAUCUCAAUCUCUUUUGGUUUCUGUUGAUGGAUCAGAUCGGACCAGAUUGGUUAAUCAGAAAAUUAAGUGUAAAAUAUUUAUAUAUAUAUAUAUAUAUAUAAGUUUUGAUUUUGGGGGUUGGGUAGGAUUAUUAAUCUCGUCAUGACGCUGGUGGAAAUCAAAUGAUGAAUAUGAUUGAAGAAAGGAUUUUCAAACUUUGGGAAAAGCAACCAAAGAAAAAAAAGUGUAAACUGGUUUCUCGGAUUUUGUUUGGAUUGGCGAAUGGGUCGUUUUCAGUAUGAUGUAAUGGGGCUUUUGAUGCGGUUCUAGGGGCCCUCUUUGUCAUUAUAUAUUCAUAUAAUAUAAUCUUUCUAUCAUUACUUAAUGAAA